AUGGACGAUCGUGAUGGGAAGAAUGGAUAUUGUGAUAUGGAGAACUCGGUGGAGAUGGAUGAUUCAAACCCUGAGGGAGACGAAGAUGGUAUUUCAGAGACAACUAACUCGUCAAGAAGGGAACCUACUGAUGAAGGUUUGUUCGGUGACGAGUUGGAAGAAGGAGAAUUCUUUAUGAUGGUGAAUAGAGACUCUGACCAUAGUGUUGACUGCUCAACUGAUGUCGCGACUUCUGAGGUAAAUAAGGUGAAUAAUCUUGGUUCAAAUUCGCACUUAGUAAAAUCUGGGUGUUUUGGGCCAUUUAAAAGUGGGCCGGUAAACAAUGGUGGUAGGAAACUUCCUAAAUCGUUUGGGCCUCUACUUGGAAAUAUGGAUGAUUUGGAUCUGGAUGUUGAAUUUCUAGCUGAUGGGUCUAAUAGGAAGAAGACGCGACGCUCCUCUCCUCCUCGGUUAGAUUUGAAUUGCAACCCCAGCAGCUCAUUUGCUUCUGAUCACGUUCCGGAUGGUGACGAUGAUGGUUCAGCUUCGAACCACACCACUCAUCCCUAG